AUGCAGGCAAGGCGAAAAAAGGGCGAAAGGGAAAGAAUCGUCAUUCUGGGCUCCGGCUGGGCCGGCUAUGCCCUCGCCCAGACCAUCAAGCCCUCGAAAGCCUCACGCGUGCUCAUCUCGCCGCGGUCGCACUUUGUCUUUACGCCUCUCCUCGCCUCGACGACGGUGGGCACGCUCGAGUUCCGGGCCUCGAUCGAACCCGUGCGCCGUCUCGGCCUCGACGAGUUCCACCAGGCAUGGGCGUCGGACAUUGACUUUGCGACCAAGACGAUCCGUCUCGAGGCCAACACGAUGAGCGACACAGCCGGCACGCAGACGAGCACGCUCCGGGGGCCGGCCAAGGGCCCCGAGUUCUCCAUCACCUACGACACGCUCGUCAUCGCCGUCGGCUGCUACAGCCAGACGUUUGGCACCGAGGGCGUGGCGCAGCAUGCCAACUUUCUCCGUGACGUCGGGGACGCGCGCGCCAUCCGCCUCAAGGUGCUGACGGCGUUUGAAAAGGCCGACCUGCCGUCAGCGACGGACGCGCAGCGCGCCGAGCUGCUGCACUUUGCCAUUGUCGGCGGCGGCCCGACGGGCAUCGAGUUCGCGGCCGAGCUACACGAUCUGGUCCACGAGGACCUCGCCAAGCUGUACCCGGCGCUCAUGCGCUUCGUGCGCGUCACCGUCUACGACAUUGCGCCCAAGGUGCUGCCCAUGUUCGACCAGGCCCUCGCCAGCUACGCCAUGGACCUGUUCCGCCGCCAGGGCAUCGAGGUCAAGACGGAGCACUCGCUGCAGAGCAUCCGCCGCACCGACGACGGCAUCCUCAAGCUGCGCCUCAAGGGCCACGACGCCGAGGUCGGCGCCGGCCUGCUCGUGUGGAGCACCGGCUUGAUGCAGAACCCGCUCGUCGCGCGGCUGCUGCGGCAGGAUAUCCCCGGCCUGGGCCGGAUCGUCGAGGACGACCGCACCGGCGGCAUCACCACCGACGGCGCCAUGCGCGUGCUCACCCGGCCCGUGGGCGGCGGCGCCCCCGUCCCGCUGCCCGACGUGUACGCCAUCGGCGACUGCACCGUCCAGGUGGCGCACCGGCUGCCGGCCACGGCCCAGGUCGCCAGCCAGCAGGCCACCUGGCUCGGCAAGCGCAUCAACAGUGGCAACGCCAACGCCGACGGCGAGUUUAUCUUUCGCAACUGGGGCGCCAUGGCGUACCUCGGCAGCAAACGCGCCAUUCACCAAAACGGCGCCGACGGCCUCCGGGGCUGGCCGGCGUGGAUCCUAUGGCGCACGGCGUACCUGACCAAGAGCAUGAGCUGGCGUAACAAGCUCAAGAUUCCGCUGCAGUGGCUGAUUACGGCCCUGUUUGGACGCGACAUUUCGAGAUUCUGA